AGACAAUUUUUUCGGAUUUCUUUAUUACAGUGCAUGCACAUCCAAGCAACCAUCAGUGGCUGCCGUGAACCCAGACCCGGUUGCGUUCCCAAUAAUAAUAGCUUAGGCGGAUGUCUAUUUAACAUCAACUAUGCAUUAUUCAAUUGUUUCUGCCAUCAUCCACUUUUGUUUAAUACUGGGGCGGCCACACAUUGGCUUGUCAAUACUGAUCUAAAUUUCGGCCAAUCUUCAAAUGCCAAUGCCAAUUGCAGUAACUAUUUGCCAACAUUUGUUUGGAUACUGGAGCAGCCACACAUUGACUUGUCAAUCGUAAUCUAAAGUUCGACCAAUCUUCAGAUGCCGAGGCUAGUUACAAUAACGUUUCAAAUAUUUUUGUUUAAUACUGGGGCAACCACAUACUGACUUGUCAAUAUUGACCUAAAGUUCGGCCAAUCAUCAGAUGCCAAAACUUGGAAAAGUAACGUUUCGGCAACAUUUAUUUAAUACGGGGCGGCCACACAUUGUCUUGUCAAUACUGAUCCAAAGUUCGACCAAUCUUCAGAUGCCAAGGCCAGAAUAACCAUGAAGAUUGUAAUUCCAUGGGUACAAAAUGUCGUGCAGAAAACAUUUAAAAAGAAGAUUCUAUAUCGUCGUCUUCCGAUCCUGGGCUGGUUACCAAAUUAUAACAAAAAGGACGUCAUAAUAGGUGAUAUAAUAGCUGGAAUAACCGUUGGUCUCAUGAUGGUACCACAAGGUCUUGCCUGUGCCAACAUCGCUGGUUUGGCACCACAGUAUGGUUUGUACGGCGCAUUCGCGGGGUCCUUCGUGUAUAUAAUUUUCGGAAGCUGCAAAGACAUUUCCAUGGGGCCUACGGUGAUUGUAUCACUUCUGACGUAUCAGGCUACGAAUGGCAAAGCACCUGAAUACGCAAUAUUGCUCUGCUUCCUUUCAGGAAUCAUACAACUACUGAUGGGGAUAUUCAAUUUGGGUUUCCUUGUGGAUUUCAUAUCAGGGCCAGUCUCGUCAGGAUUUACGUCAGCAAUGGCCCUGAUAGUGACCGCAUAUCAGGCAAAGGACAUUUUGGGUCUGAAAUUGCCUGGAACAACGUUCGUCGAAGUCUGCUACAACAUCUUUUCCCAUAUUACCGACAUAAACGUUUGGGAUACCGUUAUGGGUCUAACGUCCAUUGCAAUAUUGGUUUUGAUGAAGGUAUUUAGUUCGCGGAAAUCCAAUUCCAAAACACUACCAGUGGCCGAAACCAAAUCAAAACCUACCAACAAAAUUCAAAAGGUAUUUGGUCACGUCUUGGGGAUGCUUUUCAACUGUAGAAACGCUCUCAUCGUGGUGUUGUGCAGUGUUAUAGCCUAUUGGUCUUUGAAGUUCUACGAAGACUCCCCUUUUACAUUAGUUAAAGACGUUCCAUCAGGAUUACCAGCGUUUUCCUUGCCACCGUUUGGUUUUGGCAAUGGUAACGAAACCACCACCUUCCCCGAAAUGGUUUCGAGUUAUGGGUCAGGAAUUCUUGUAGUUCCACUGUUAUCAUUGUUGGAAGACAUUUCGACUUGUAAAUCGUUUGCAAAUGGGAAAUCGGUUGAUGCCACGCAAGAAAUGAUCGCGGUAGGCCUUUGCAACGUUGUCAACUCCUUUGUACAUGGUCAUCCCGGAAGUGGGGCCAUGGCUAGGAGUGCCGUUAACAGAAGAAGCGGCGUCCGCACCCAAAUGGCUUCCCUGUACACAGCGUUGUUGGUUAUAAUAGCCCUGCUGUUUUUUACCUCGUCCUUUUACUACAUUCCGAAAUGCUGCCUGGCAGCCAUCGUUAUAGCCGCCAUAAUCUUCAUGGUGGACGUCAAGGCAAUUGUGCCAAUGUGGAAAACAAAAAAAUCUGAUUUUUGGGUUGGUUUAGCUACGUUCAUAGCAUGCCUUGUUAUACCCCUCGCAGCUGGAAUUAUGGUAGGGGUGGUGAUUCACCUACUUUUCAUCCUUUAUUAUGCAUCUAGACCCGAAAUAUACAUCGAAACUCAAAUGACACCAUGUGGAAAGAAAUACCUGUUGGUGACACCCGACAGAUUUUUAGUUUUCCCUUCGGCUGAAUACGUUAGGAAUUUAGUUACAAAACACUCUGUAUCGCAGGGGAUUCCCGUGAUUAUAGAUUGCCUUCACAUUCACGAUAGCGAUUACACCACUGCCACCGCUAUAAGAACUUUGAUUUCAAGUUUCUCUACCAGGAACCAACCCCUGUUCUUCCUUAACAUUAAACCCAACGUUUUGAGCAUGUUCAAGGCGACAUCGUCAGACGAAUUCGUUAUACUGAAUUGUAAAAAUGAUAUUGCAAGUGUUCUUUAAGGGAACAAUGGGAGACGUUUUUAUUAGAUAGAUAGUUCCUACCUGUACAUAUGUAGUUUAUUAUUUAUAUUAUUGUGAUGUUUUUUUUUUUUAUUUAUUAGACAUGUGCAGAUAU